UGUACUCUCGUUUCGGAAGGAACGUCCACUUGCAGCCGCGGCCGCGUGUUCCUGAUACCUCAGAGGUGUUCGAUACAUUUCCAAACAUUUUUUCCAUCGAGCCCCGAUCUUCGAGCAUCGUUCUUUGUCCGUACUCUUCAGCCAUAAGGCAACACGAUCUUGAUUCUUACGAAUAGACACCACUGCCCCGCAUACCUCAUUUCCAUCCAUAUCCAACGUCUCCCCGAUGAUCGCCAGGACGGUGUAAAGCCACCAUUCGUCACACCGUCCAGUUUUAGAAUCUUUCUUCGGGAUAGUGAGAACAAAUUUUCCUCCGUUCUUGUUAGCUGGGUCUUCCCACAUGGGUAUCACUCCUUCACGAAAAACAUGGUAAUUUGAAUUCACCGUCAGCAUGGAAGACGGUUUGAGGUUGUUAAAAAUUCUCCAAAAUCCCUCUAUCGUGUCAAAAGAGCCACAGUUGGUAAGGUUGUCCUUCCAAUCCUUCUUUGGAUCGGAAAAGCGCGGAUUAUCAAACCAUAUGGUCCACUUGGAGUUCAAUUGCAGGUUUUCUUCAAGAAGCGCCUCGGCGUCCCCAUGACUGUAAGCGGCUGACAUAAUUCAACGAUAUUGGUUCGGGAUGCAGUACGAUUUUUUUAUCUCUAGUCGAGUGUUCUCGUGUCUCAGUUUAUUGUCUAUUGUCCCGAUACGACGAAGCAAUAUAAAGAUAGGUUGAUGACUUGAAUGUUCCUAUUUUGGUCUUGUUGCCGUGUUGACAAGCACGAUGAUGGUGUUGAUGUCGAUGUUGAUUGUUGUUGACGACGAUGAUUUUCAUUGCAUUCCCGCACUUUUCGUCCCAUAAGUGGUAUCGUACCGUACGCAAUCAUUCAUUUCAUUCUCUCAUAGGCUCUUUCGUGGUACGAUACCCGAACUAAUCAACUGGCGGCUAACGUUUGACUGCAGCGACGGAGACGUCAAUGCAUACUGUGAACGUCUGUCCAUCUUCAAACAUCAUUUUCACCAAUAAUUCUUUCCUCCGGUACAAAAGGAAGUACGUACCGUUACGAGUAAGUAUGCUUAGGAUUUACUAGGCCUUGGUACUCGUACCUUAGUAAGAAGACGAGUACCCGCUACCCGCUAGCCUCGCAAUGCACAAUGCACGUCUGGUUUCCAAGCUGAUGCGGAAUUUUUUCAAAACGUUGAUCUUGAUUUAUCUUCUCUCAUCAAAAUUGUGGUACGAUUAGGAACUCUGUACCGGGAAACGAAAGGAGUUAAUCUGAGAUGACAUAUCGGAAGACAAUUAUCCUGUUCGAUCAAUCAACAUGAAUGCUAAUACAAUCCCUCUUCAGGAGGUUCUCCCGUGGUCUCCAGAUAUUGCACGGAACAUCCUCGUUUGUGAUUCGAUAGAGACAGAUGGAACCUUCGUUCUUUCUACGAUGGUAGCGCAUCUCUUUUCCUCGCCGUCGAAGAUGCUGUCGUCGUUCGGACCCGGUCCAAACCGAGUCGGUCGGUCGCCAUCUCURUCGAGAAAGGUCUUGUGGUUGUCGGGGAAUUCUUCUACGGAACGAGAAGUUGCAUCGGCCUUGAAAAAGAUUGGAUGCGAAGCCGCGGCGGCCUAUCUGAGAAAUAAUACGAACAAUAAUAACAAUAGGAACAACGAUAACCAAAGUGGCAAUGGGUUCGCAAUCCGUAGUCUGGCUGUGGAAAUUUCAGACCUCAUUCUUGGAAAAAGUGAGUCAAAAAGUAAAGUAUCCAACAAUGAAUUUGAUGCAGAAARUUAUCUAAAGAAUACAUACAAAGAUAUAAAGGCCUGGAUAAACGAUGGUAAUGACAACAAGAAUAGAGAACAAAGUGGGGAAGUUGCGGAAUCACAUGUAUCGUGGAUUAUCAUCGACGAUGUCACCGCUCUUGCAUCAAUCGUGGGUGAUUCAUUAGUGUACUGCUUUGUGGASAGUCUGAUCAGCCUCGUAAAUCGAAAACAGACCUCCCCUGCGCGACAGUGCGGAUUGAUUAUUCGAUGUUCCGGAGACUUGGAUCAACUGUUGCACAAAAUCAAAGGAAACGAAGGACAGGACCACAGUGGAUGGGUUGGUGCUGGAGGGCUGGCUCAUAAACAAGCUACGAGCGACGCAAUACACAGAAAAUACGUCCCUUGGGAGAGGACAUUGGAAGAAUCGGUUGAUGCAAUAGUAGACGUUCUCCCACUUCUUUCUGGAUUUUCACGGGAAGCCCACGGGAGACUUAUCUUUUCAGAGACACCCAAUGGACGGGGAUGGAAGAACGUUCAAAGUAGCGGGAACAAAGAUUCAAGCGCACAUGCAUCGGGAUUUCGAAAGUCCCAAACUAAUAGUACGAGCACUAAUUGGAAUAAAUUGAUUUUCAAUUAUUCCAUACAGGAUAGUGGUGCACAUGCUAUUCGACUUCGGGCAGGGUAAAAAUGUACUUUAAGUGUUUCAUUACGACGAAUACAUCCAGCUUUUUCUCCCACUUAAGAAUUCGCUAUAAAUCUUUCUUUCCAGACGCCAGAGUUUUCUCAAGACCGCUCUGUGUAUGCGCUUGUCCAAAGCCCAACAAAUAGAGCAUCGUAACUGACGCAACAACCCAGUGGAGACCCGCACAAAUUACCCAGGUGACUGGAUCGGGAUCACCUUCCAUUGCGAUUUGACUGGCACCAUCCACUCUAUCUUGGUGUCGAAAGCUGUUCAAAAAGCGAAACAGAAACGCGCGAUAAAAAGGCACCGUUACUGCAGUGGCAUUCCGUAAAACAUCCAUCGCGGCAAAUACAGAAAAGAUCGCAUCCCCUGGUGCUAACUGUGUCAGCAGUGAUCUCAAAGAAACACUAAUCAUAGUGGUGCUCAGGGCAAUGGAAGGACAAAUCGCGAAGAGAAACACGACGAAACUUUGCCUUGCCUCUAAAAAUGUGGACCCUGCAAGGAGUAUUGCCGCAAAGAAGACAGCCCGACGUUCGCCUCCCGCUCGUUGAAGGACUGGUCCUAUCAGUGAGGAUUGUACAACAAAGGCCCAGAUUCGUU